CAUAAAACGUUUAUUGCAAUAUCUGCAAACUUUUCAAAGAACGAUGAUAGAUCGAAUUCUUUCGUAUCCUUUAUUCAACAAGAAAUAUACUGAAAUAUCGAGUAUAAAUAAUCAAGAUCUAGAAUCAUCUACAACAGAUGUACAACAAUAUAAUAAAUUAUCUUAUACAGAUCGGGUGAUUAUUUUUAUUAUAUGUAUUUUAAGCUCUGUUAUUUGUUUUAUUUUCGCUAUUUUUUUCAUGAUAACUUUGUUCAAACCAAGAAAAGUGAUUCUUUUAUGGACAAUUGCAAAUCUUUUAUUUCUUACAUCAUUUUCUAUUCUUCAAGGUCCUUGGACUUAUAUUAAACACUUAUUUUCAGCACCACGAUUCCCAUUUACAUGUAUUUACUUAGGAAGUAUGAUUUUAACUUUAUAUUUUAUUUUACAUGUAAAAUCAACUAUCCUUAGUAUUUUUUCUUCUAUAAUACAAUUUAUAGCUUUGUUAUGGUAUUUGAUUAGUUAUUUUCCAAUGGGAUAUCAAGGACUCCACUGGGGUUUUCGAUAUGUUACAACUAGGAUCAAGUCAUAUUUUGAUGCUUGAAAAUGUAUGAUUUUUUAUAAAAAAACAAGUUAGAUAUUAAAACA